AUGGCUGCACCUAAGACGAAGCGUGGGGGAGCACCUGCUCGGGACCUUUUUUCGACUGGUAGCUUUGACCUGAGUGAGUUGAAGGUCGAGAAAGUCGUGAGGGCCCUAGAGCUCGACAGUGCCAACCACGACAUGUUCAUCUGUUACUACAACUUCUUCGCCGCUCACAACAGCGGGUUAUACAAAGAGAUCGAGGCAAAGCACAGCCUCAAGCGCGAUGACAUGGUUGAGUGGAUUGCUGAAACUAUGGGCUCCGAGGUUCUGUCAUGCGUCAACUACAAGCCAAACAGCAAGAAGGAAGAAAAGGGGGAAAUGCCCGACCCAUUGGUCGUGGCCAUCGCGCUGAGAGUCUACGAUGAGGGUAAUCUCUCUCUCAUGUACCAACUUGGCGAGCUGACGGACUAUGUCACGAACCGCCACCGCCCACACGCUCUGCGCUCGAAGAAACAUCAGGAGAGACGUGACAACAGCGGCUUGCCUUAUCUGGAUGAGAAGCAGGUCGCGCACACACUCGGCCUCGGCUUCGUUCGAAAGUUGCAACAUGCGCCAUGUACUGGUUGGCACGAGCCAAAAGCUGCACAAGAGGGUCGACAAUAUCCUGAAGUCUCCAGUGAAUCCAGUGAACCGUACGCUUGGACAGCAGAAGAACGCGGUCGCCUGAGGCAAAUCGCCAAGCAAGUUCAGUCGGAUGAGCUCCAGCAGUCCAUGAUCGACGUUGGGGGUGAUCACCUCUACGAUGUCAUACGAACUCGACUAAAGCAGGCUGACCCCACCGUCUGGAAGGAGGAGAAGGACAAGGUUGGUUUGCGGCGCGAGUAUAUACUGAGACGGGAUAGAUAUGCAGCUCAAGUCAAACCGAAGAAGCUCUCGGAGCGCAGGAAGGAGCUGCAUCUGAAAGUAGAUAAUACGCCCGACCUACGGUUCAAGGAGAACAGGGAGCUGCGAGUAGCUGCUGACAGCAGGAAUGGGAGCUCUCCACCGCCAGCUCCCGUAGUUGCCACGCCCCGAAGAGGCCGUGGCUCGAAGACUACACCAAAGCAGCCUGAUAGUCGAGAAGCACCGAAGGACUCCGUCAGAAGCGAGAACAAGGCCAAGUCAAACACAAGCAGCUCUCAAUUGAGCUCAACCCCAGCACGCCUCAAAGCUGAUGGAACGCCGGACAUGCGCUUCCGCUCCAACAAGACGCAGGCGGCCAAUGCAGCCAGCUCUUCGACUACGAACCCUGAUAGUAGUGAACGCGUGAUCCUGACGGGCCCUCGCGGUGGGAAGUACUACAUCGACGCCAAAGGUAAGAAGAGGUACAUCUAG